UCUAUUGUUCAUAUAUCUGGAACUAUGUAUCCCCUUGCCGGGUUCCACAUGCUUUUCUUACGAAGUUCCGAUCCCAUGCAUGAUCGAUCCAUCACGCGGGUUUAUAGUAUAUACACUCAAGGACGACGCCAACGGGGCAACAGCCCACCGUACUUUCGGCUCGUAGCUGCUGCAAGCCUGCAACCGCGUGCGUCCGUGCGAGCAACACAUCAGCCAUACAUGGCGACUGCCGAGCACACGUCGUCGUCGUCGUUGCCUGUCCGGCAGCAUCGACCUGCCGGAUGGGGCACGGUCAUGGCGGCAAUGUUCCUGGCCCUGCUGGCCGCCUUCGGUCGCUCACCACCUGUGGCAAUGGCGGCGGCGGACUCUUCUCCGGAGCUCAUCGAGCUGACGCUCCUCACCGGCGCGAAGGAGAAGGGCGCAGUGUGCUUGGAUGGAAGCCCGCCGGGUUACCACUUUCAGAGAGGUUUCGGCUCCGGAUCUCACAGCUGGAUCGUAUUUCUUCAGGGAGGAGCUUGGUGCAGUAAUAACACCACACAAACUUGUUCUCAGCGUAAAAUGACCUCCAAUGGUUCGUCCAAGCUUAUGGAAGCAAUAACCUUUGAUGGGAUAUUCAGCGACCAGCAGCCACAAAAUCCCGAUUUCUACAACUGGAAUAAAGUCUUUGUAAGGUAUUGCGAUGGGGCAUCAUUUUCUGGGGACGCGGAGGGUGAAGCACAGGAUGGAACUAAACUGUUCUUCAGAGGAUCACGCAUCUGGGAUGCAGUCGUCGAUGAACUCAUGGGAAAAGGAAUGGACACUGCUAAGCAGGCCUUACUUGCAGGUUGUUCUGCUGGUGGUCUAGCUACACUAGUGCACUGCGAUAAUUUUCGUGCGAGAUUUCCUCAGGAGGUUCCGGUCAAAUGCCUUCCUGAUGGUGGAUUCUUUCUUGAUAUAAAGGAUUUAUCAGGAGAAAGGCAUAUGAGGUCGAUGUUCAGUGGAGUUGUUCAGCUUCAGAAUGUUAGCAAAGUUUUGCCCAAGGACUGUCUGGCAAAGAAGGAUCCAACAGAGUGUUUCUUCCCGGCUGAACUUGUCAAGAGCAUCAGCACCCCGACGUUUAUUGUGAACUCAGAAUAUGAUUCUUGGCAGAUUGCAAAUGUUGUUGCGCCAGACGGAUCGUAUCCUGGAGACACAUGGUCCAACUGCAGAGCUAAUAUUCAGAACUGCAGUUCCAAGCAGAUCGAUGUGCUCCAUGGAUUCAGGAGGGAAUUCAUCAGGGAUCUGAAGGUUGCUGAAGGUGAAAGGGGCUGGGGGUUGUUCAUCGAUUCAUGCUUCACCCACUGCCAGACUCAAUCGAGCGACAGGUGGCAUUCGCCCACCUCCCCAAGGCUUGGUAAUCAGACUGUUGCAGAGGCUGUUGGGGACUGGUACUUCGGCAGAAGGCGAGUGGUGAAACAGAUCGACUGCAAGUACCCGUGCAACCCCACAUGCAGCAGUCAGUAGCUCUGAGCUGGCUUCGUCUUCUUUAUGACCAACAUUGGAUCGAGCUGAGAUUUACGGGAGUCUUUGUUUCCUCCACCAUCCCAUAAUUGUUUUGGCGCGGUUCUUAUCCAAAGAACCCUUACCUUUUGUUUAUCUUGAGACUACAGUAGACGCUCUUUCAGUUCUUGUAAGUGGAUUUUUGAGCUUCCCAAUUGCCAAGUGAAAAAUAAAAUACAUAAAUUAAGGAUAAUAAAAGGCCAAAUUGCAGCAA